AUGCCGUUCAUCAUCGAUUUGAGGAUGUAUUCGCCACAGACUAUUGUGGCUGGAACGCUGAUUGGUGGCACAUUGGCUGCUGCAGUCACCUACGUCUUCGUGACCAGUCGAAAUGAAUCCGCAGCCGCCUCCAGUACUUAUAUUCCCGGAUUAAUCAACCAGGGCAACACAUGCUACAUGAAUGCACUUCUUCAAGGACUUGCCAGUUGUCCUUCGUUUGUUGGAUGGUUGAAAUCUGUACAAACCAUUCCAGGUGGCUUCUUAGACCAUCUUGGCCAUCUUCUCACCCUUCUCAACGAGUCCCAUGGUGGAAUCCUCACUGCUCAUGGCAUCGUCGAGUCUCUCAAAGAGAAUGGCUGGAAUAUUACCAUUGGUGUCGAGCAGGAUCUCUAUGAGCUGUUUGAUGUGUUCGUUGACACGUGGGAGGAGGAGUUGAAGAAGUCUAGAAAGACACUGAUGAACCACUCCAUUGAGAAUUGUCGUGAUGAUUCGAGUUCCGAUGAGAGUUUGAGUGGAUAUAGUAGUGAUAGAACCGGUGGAUCGUCAGUCGCCUCAAUGGCUCGUAUCGAUGCUGGUCUUCGUAGUCCAUGUGUUGGAUUGACAGCCACCGAAUUUAGAUGUUGUAAUAGUGGAUGUGGUUAUAAGACCAUCAAGUACGAAUCCUUCACAGUUCUCACCCUAACAAUUCCCAAUUCUCAAAUGGGCACUUCCACGAACACCGAAGCACUUCUCCGUCGCUAUUUCUGCUCCGAGAUCAUUCGGGACGCUGUCUGUGAGAAAUGUACAGCAGCCGAUCGAAAACAACAAGGAUUCCUUAAAAAGCACGGGAUCGUGAAGUUGCCUCAAACAUUGCUCAUUCGAAUCGAGAGAGUUGGAAUGUUGCCACAUGGAAGUAUGAAACUAUCAGAGCAUGUGCACUUUGGAGAGUGUUUGUCUCUUCAGGAUGUGUGUUUUAGGAAGAAUCCCAAGAUUAAUCAGAAAGCCUACGAUGAGUCCAAUCGCUGGCAACUACCCGAUGGAACAUCUCGUGUUGUUGGUGGAGCCGAGGAGACCAGAGCCAGAAGUUCACCAAUACAUCCCUCAACAUACACCUAUGGAGAUUUGAGUAGCAAUUAUGCAAUGAUAGACGGCGGCUCAUUUGUUGCCGAGAGACGGGAAACGCAGAAGUAUGCUUAUCAGCUGCGAGCAGUCAGUGAGCAUCGUGGAGGUCCAUAUUCCGGUCAUUUCGUGACGUUCCGAAGGGCACCAGCGCCUCAACAUCAUUCAUGGUACUUACUAGUGAUGCGCAGGUAA